UACACCGGGUGAAUUAGAGUUCUCAGUUGUUUCUCUGCUGGUGAAUUGAACGGUAGUUCUUUUCAUAUCUUAUCCAAUUGAAGUCAAAAAGCCAAGUGAAAAAGUGAAGAUGUCCAAAAUCGGUAUUAACGGAUUCGGUCGCAUCGGUCGUCUGGUGUUGCGUGCCGCUGUCGAGAAAGGUGCUCAAGUUGUUGCCGUCAAUGAUCCCUUCAUUGAUGUAAACUACAUGGUUUACUUGUUCAAAUUUGAUUCGACCCAUGGUCGUUUCAAGGGCACCGUUUCAGCUGAUAAUGGAGCGCUGGUCGUCAACGGACAGAAAAUCACUGUUUUCAGCGAACGUGACCCUGCCAACAUCAACUGGGCCAGCGCUGGUGCUGAUUAUGUCGUCGAAUCUACUGGCGUCUUUACAACCAUCGACAAGGCUUCUGCUCACUUCAAGGGUGGUGCCAAGAAGGUUAUUAUCUCGGCACCAUCUGCCGAUGCACCAAUGUUCGUUUGCGGUGUCAACUUGGACGCCUAUAAACCAGACAUGAAGGUCGUAUCUAAUGCCUCUUGCACUACCAAUUGCUUGGCUCCUUUAGCCAAAGUUAUCAAUGACAACUUCGGAAUUGUAGAAGGCCUAAUGACUACUGUUCACGCAACUACUGCCACUCAGAAGACCGUAGAUGGUCCCUCAGGAAAACUGUGGCGUGAUGGACGUGGUGCCGCCCAAAACAUCAUUCCCGCUUCAACUGGUGCUGCUAAGGCCGUAGGCAAAGUUAUCCCAGAAUUGAAUGGCAAACUUACUGGCAUGGCCUUCCGUGUGCCAACUCCCAAUGUCUCAGUUGUCGAUUUGACUGUGCGUCUUAACAAGCCAGCUACCUAUGAUCAAAUCAAGCAAAAGGUUAAGGAAGCCGCUGAUGGUCCAAUGAAGGGUAUCUUGGAUUACACCGAUGAAGAAGUAGUAUCUACCGAUUUCGUCAGUGACACACAUUCAUCAGUUUUCGACGCCAAGGCUGGUAUUCCCUUGAACGAUCAAUUCGUGAAAUUGAUCUCAUGGUACGAUAACGAGUUCGGCUACUCCAACCGUGUUAUCGAUCUGAUCAAGUACAUGCAGAGCAAGGACUAAAGUGGAUAUGAGCACAAUGUAAGACAGAAGAAUGUAGCUCGUUUUGGUUUAAAAGAAGUCAUAUAUACAUAUAAUAUAGAAGCAGCAUUUAAUCCGAAAAAUCGAGUUAUUUUUAAAAACAACAUUACUUCUGUAACAAUUGAAAAUUAAUGUAGUAUGCAUAUGUUACAAGCUAAUUAUCAAAAGAUACAACUGAAAUUAAAUUAUCUCUAAUAAAUGACAUGUUAAGUAAAAAGUUCCAA